CUGCCCCGGCAUUCUCUCUCGAAACAUACGCUAGCAUAAACACACCACUGGUUCGCAAAUGAACAGUGUAGCAUUUAGUUAUUAUAGAUAGAUCCGGGUCCAAACGAUAAUCCAAAGGAAAGUAAAAUUGACUAGUGGUUGCCGUAACACAGAAUGCAGAUCUCACAUGUAUUAGUACUAUGUGCAAUGGCAGCUGUCUGCGUAGCUGAAACACAGAGGCCUCAAGUAUCAGACACCGCUCUCGAAGAUGCUCUCAAUGACAAACGGUUUAUCCAAAGACAACUUAAAUGUGCCCUUGGAGAAGCACCCUGUGAUCCCAUUGGCAAGAGACUUAAAACAUUGGCGCCAUUAGUGCUUCGAGGAGCUUGUCCCCAAUGUACACCGCAAGAAACAAAACAAAUUCAACGCACUCUGUCGUACGUGCAACGGAACUUCCCUCAGCAAUGGGCUAAAAUAGUACGCCAAUACUCUGGAUAAUUAAUGUAAAAUAUACGUAGAAUUUAGGCUUAUAAGGCACACAUCAAUUUAUAUUUUCCUUCAAUUGUAUUUAUUUACCAGUUUUAGUUAAACACGUUUUUUUAAUUUUUUGGAAAUGUAAGAAUAGGAUAGAAUAUUACACGUGAAUGUUGAGUA